UAAAAUUAUUAUUUUGUUGAAAUUUCAGAUAAUGAUCUAAAAUGGCUCGUAUAGAGAAACUUCAGCUUCAAGGGAUCCGGAGUUUUGGUCCUCGGUCAGAGGACCGUCAAACCGUAGAGUUCUUUAGUCCUCUUACUCUUAUUCUAGGACAGAAUGGUUGCGGGAAGACGACAAUAAUAGAAUGCUUGAAGUAUGUUACUACUGGGGAUGCUCCCCCUGGAUCUACCAGAGGAGUCAGUUUUGUCCACGAUCCUAAAAUGGCGAGAGAGUCCACAGUAAGAGCUCAAGUCAAGCUUCUGUUUAAAUCUAUUGGGAAGCAGGAUAAGAUAAUAUCGAGAUCGCUUGAAGCUACGCAACAGAUAAAAAAGAUACAAAUGAAGACGAUGGACACCACAAUAACAACAAAGCUUGGACCAAAAGAAUCCACAAGUAUCAGCAGUAAGUGUGCUGAUGUGGAUUCUGAUAUGCUGAUGGCUCUAGGAGUAUCUAAACCUAUUCUAAACUACGUUAUCUUCUGUCACCAAGAGGACUCUAACUGGCCUCUAGAGGAAGGAAAGAAAGUUAAAGAUAAGUUUGAUGAGAUCUUUAACUCUGCAAAGUACAAGAACUGCUUGAAUUCUAUCAAGGACGUGAUAAAAAAACUGAGGGAAGAUGCAAAGCAUAAAAAGACCUGCAUGGGAUUCUACAAGGAAGAUAAGGAGACAUGUUUUGAUAAAAAAGAGGAUAAACGAAAAAAGAUGAAAGAAUUAAAGAGAACUGAAGAUGAGGUUGAUCAAAUAUUGGAAGAACUGAAACCUUUAGAGGAAGAACUACAUAAGAUAAUUGAAGAGGAGAAGGGGUUUAGCCAUCUGCACAGUAAACUCACUGAAGCGGAAACUAAACUCAAAUAUUCAAGAAGAGAGAGAACAGAUCUUGAGUUCAAGGUUUCGGAGAUUUUUCCUGCCUCCAUGUCUGAGGAUGAUAUUAAGAGAAAGCUGAGUAAAUGUGAAGGUUCGGAGGAGGAGAAUAAGAUUAAGUUGAACCAGAUCAAAGAGAGGUUGGAGACACUCAAGCAUAACGAACGGAUCAUUGAUCAUAAAAUACAGAAAAUUGUUGCAAGUCUGGGUUGCCUUUUCUCUGACAAAAGUAAGAAUGAGAAGGAUGAGGAGGAGAGAUUAGCUCUGCUCUCGGCAGCGGAGGAGAAGUUUGGAAUAAAUAUUAAACCGGAAAAUUUCGAGGAUGCUCUGAGGCGAGAAGAGGAGAAAAUCCUCUCCAAGAUCAAUAAGUUCAAGGCGGACAGGAAGGAAAAGGAGGAGAAGAUGAAUGAUGGAACGGAUGAGAUUAAACAGCAGAGAGCAACAUUAGAGGAGAAGAAGAAAAGAGGACUAACCGACCUUAUGGAGACUAAGGCAAAGAUCGCCAAGAUUCGACGUGAACUUUCAGAGCUGGAGGGAGCAGGAGAUCUUCUAAACCAAAUCAAAAAAGAUUGGGAGGGUAAGAAUGAGGAACUGGAAAGAGCGAGGGAUAAAGUAGAUCUUGAAUCCCUACAGAGGAAGAUAAAAGACUCCCGGAGUAAGAUCCAGGUUCUGGAGAAGAGAGAAGAAUCUCUGAAAGAAGAAUUGGUAUCUCUGGAAGAGAUUCAGUCUACAGUUCAAAAACUGGAAUAUAUGGAGAAUGAUAUAAAAACUAAAGAAGAGAAACGUAAACGAAUUGGUAGUAAAAGAAACAGUAUUUUCCUAGACCUGUUUAAAACUGUCCCAGAGUUUAAAAGGUUAAAGGAGGUGUAUCAGGACUGUGUUGAGAAGAAUGAGAAGGCUGUGAGUAAAAAUGAUUUAUUGAGACAGAAGAUUGAAAACUCGAUUACCUCGAAGAAUGAGACCAAGGUUGCUCUGAAGCAGGAGAGAGGGAAGAAACUUAGAAAAGAGAAGGAAUAUUUAUCCAGGAUUGGAGAAACACUGGUCGGGGACGAAGAUCUAGAAAGUGAGUUGCUGAAGACCAAGGAUAGUCUGGAGUUGCUCAGGAAGGAUUUACAGGUGAAGGAAGCUGGUAAGUUUACCUACAAGGAGUUAUUAGACAACCUGGAGAAGAUGUCCGACCCCGCCUGUCCCACCUGCCACAGGCAGUUCCAUGAGAAAAUAGAGGCUGAAGAAUUGAAAGCUGAUCUCAAGAGUUUAAUUUCAGAGAUUCCUAAGAAAGCGCAGAGUCUGGAGAAGAAAGUUAAGAAGGAGGAGGAUAGAUAUGAAAACCUGCAGAAGAUAUCCCCAGACUAUUAUGCGCUGAAGCAAGUAAGACAGGAGAUCACGGACAAGGAGAACCAGGUGAAAACCCUGGAAGAGGAGGUGAAAGAGUUGCAGAAGAAGAAGGAUAUGGAGGAGGAGGUUUGGACUAGAGAUCUAGAGGAGAGAGAACAACUGAAGAGUAUAGCAGAGGAUGUUCAGCUGUUGGAUAAUCUAACCAGAGAACUUAACGUAUUAAACGAGAGUAGAACUGAUCUCCAGCAGUCCUGCCCAAACUAUAACACGGAGCGAGGAUUAGAGCUGGUGAGAAGGGAGGAGAAGCAGGUUAGCUCCGAGCUCAAACAAUUAAGAAAGGAAUGCAACAAGGACCAGGAUGAAUUCAAUAGUCACAGUAAGCUCAUAAACGAGCUUGAGGGCAGCUGUAACAAGUUGACCAACAAGAAGUUGGAGAUAGAGGGGAAGCAGCAGCAAAGGUCCCACACUCUAGAGAGGAAGACGGAGAUGGAGAAGCGCGUAGUUGAAAUACAGCAGGAGAUAGAGCAGGCUAAGGAGGAGUUAGAACCCCUCAGGUUGAGUCUAGAGGCUUGCGAGAAGGAAAAAGUCAAGUUUCAGAAGGAGAAGGACGGAGAACUUCAAGUUCUCCAGGGGGAAGAGAGAUUCAUACAAAACCAGAUCCUUGAUCUCAACAAACUAGAGAAAACGAUCUCCGAGUUUAAGAAAACCAACACUAACGAGAAAAUAGCAGAGAAGAAAGAUGAAAGACUAAAACUAGAAGCGGAGCAGGAGCAAGGCAGAGUAGAGAAAGCUUUAAAUGAGGAUGAAUUGGCAAAAAUCCACUUGGAGGUUGGAAACCAAGAAAAUAUCAAAAGAAACCUCAACGACAAUAUUAGACUGAGGAAGUUAAAGAAGGAGGAGGAUAUGCAUGAGGAAGAAAUCCGAAAGUACAAGGAGGGAUUAGCAAACACAGAUUUUGCUGCAAUUGCAGAGAGAAGGAAAAGUUUGUUAAAACAUAAAUAUUCUCUGGAUUCAGCGUACAGCUCCAAUACUGGGAAGAUUGCUGAAAUGAAGAAGGUCUUGAAGGAGGUGGAGAAAGAAUUAAAUCAUCCGAAACUGAAAGAUGCUUCCAGGAAGUAUUACAUAUCUGCCGUGGAGCACAGUACAACUGAGAUGGCAAUCAAGGAUUUGAACAAGUAUUACACUGCUCUAGACUUCGCCAUCAUGAGCUUCCACAAGGAUAAGAUGAGGGUUGUGAAUAGUAUUAUAAGGGAGAUGUGGAGAGCAACAUACAGGGGAAAUGAUAUUGAUUAUAUUGAGAUCAAGACAGAUGACGGAGAUAUCCAGACUGGAGGAGCUGAGAAGAGAAGGAGUUAUAAUUACAGGGUUGUCAUGGUGAAGAACGAGGUGGAGAUGGAUAUGCGAGGAAGAUGUUCUGCUGGUCAGAAGGUUUUGUCAUGCUUGAUUAUACGAUUGGCUUUGGCUGAAACUUUUGCUGAAAACUGUGGUAUUAUAGCUCUAGAUGAACCAACUACUAAUCUGGAUAGGGAGAAUAUUGAAAGCUUGGCUCUGGCCCUGUCCAACAUAGCAAAUAGGCAGUCAGAGUUCCGGGACUUCCAGCUGGUCAUUAUUACUCAUGACGAGGAUUUUAUCGACGAACUGUCGAGGUCCUGCGACAAGAUUACUCACUAUCAGAAGGUGACGAGGAAUAUUAAAGGAAUAUCGGAGAUAAGGAAGCAUAAUGUUAGUAACCUUCAACACUCCUCUCAGUUUGGAUAGGUUAACAGUGGUUUCUAUUCUUCUUCUUCUGGAGAAAAUUAUAAAUGUGAUUUUAAAAAAGAUUUUUUAACAUUGAUUCAAUUUCAAGGCAAUGUGAUAAGAUAAUUCAGUAUAAAAUAUAUUUUUUUUAUCCAGAA